AUGACGACCAUCGAGCUGCUUCGGGGUGCCGUCAACACCAUCGUCGGUCCAGAGCGUAUAAUACCAUGGCCUGCUACUCUCGCCAUUGCAGCUGUGGGUUGGUGGAUCCUCUCCUCAUGGCUCCGACCCGUCUCCAAAUUCCCCACAAUCAACGACCCAAAGGAGAACUGGACAUCCUUCCCGGCCAAGAAAGCAUACCUCAAGAAUUGCCAACAUUUGCUGAAAGAAGGUGCUCGUAAGUUCUCCGGCCCCUUCAACCUCACCACCGACAAUGGCACAACAAUGCUCAUUUUCUCGCCCGAAUACAUCGACGCCAUCAACGAGCAAGAAUCUCUCAGUUUCCCGGAAUAUGCGAUCCGGAAUCUCAACCUGAAAGGAUACAAAACCUUCCGCACGUUUGGACCGCAGCCGGAUCAUAUGUUUUAUGAGGCGGUCAUCAAGGGACUGACGCGGAAUUUGGCCAAAUUCACCAAGCCGCUUUCUCUGGAAAUGGACGCUUGUCUGCUCUCUUCCUGGGGCGAGAGUACAGAGUGGCACUCCGUCGAAGCGAAAGAGGACGUCUUAGACUUCGUCGCCCGCCUCUCCUCCCUCAUCUUCCUCGGCCCGGACUUCGUCCACAACAAAGAAUGGAUCCGCAUCGCAAAGAACUACACCGUCGACACAUUCACCGCCAUCGCCAUCUGCCGCUACAUCCCCGCUCUCAUCCGGCCUUUGUUCGUCCAAUUUCUCCCCCUCUGUCGCAAAGUGCGCCGCGACUACACCACCUGCGCCAACAUCCUCGCCCCCGUCCUCGCCUCCCGCGAAGCCGAACUCAAAGCCGCCAAAUCGGAGUCCCGCCCUCCCAACCUCCCCGACGACGCAAUCGAAUGGUUCCGUAACGCUGCCCACGGCCGGGAAUACAACCAGACGGACGUCCAAGUCUCCCUGCAAGUCGCCUCCAUCCACACGACCACCGACCUCCUCGCCCAAGCCAUCCUCAACCUCUGCGCUCACCCCGAAAUGGUCGUCCCGCUCCGCGAAGAAGCCAUCGCCGUGCUCAGCACCCAAGGCUGGCAGAAAACCGCUCUCACCUCCCUCCACCUCCUCGACUCCUUCCUCAAAGAAACGCAACGCCUCAAACCCAUCAACGUCACCUCCCUCCAUCGCUACGCCACCCGCGACACAACACUCUCCGGGGGAAUCCACAUCCCCCAGGGUACGAACCUGGGAAUCCACUCGUACAACCUCUUCAAUCCGGACAUCUACACUUCCCCAGAAACCUUCGACGGAUACAGAUAUCUCCGUCUCCGACAGAGCGAUCCGAAGUGGGAACACAAGGGUCAUUUGGUGAGUACUUCCGUCGAACACACGGGAUUCGCGCAUGGGAAAAAUGCUUGUCCCGGGAGAUUUUUCGCGGCGAAUGAGGUGAAGAUUGCGAUGGUGCAUGUGCUGUUGAAGUAUGAUGUCAAGGUGGAGAGGAAGGAGGAUGCGAUGUGGAUUACGUAUGGGCCGAAUUGUUAUGUGAAUCCGAAGGCGAGGAUGUGGGUGAGGAGGAGGAGGGAAGAGGUUGAUUUGGAGGCGCUGGCGAGGGAGUGA